AUGUCUCGUGUGUAUGUGGGUAAUCUGGAUUCGAGAGUCACCGAGAGGGACCUUGAAGAUGAAUUCCGCGUGUUUGGUGUUAUUCGAAGUGUCUGGGUUGCUCGAAGACCACCUGGCUAUGCUUUUAUUGACUUUGAUGAUCGUCGAGAUGCACAGGAUGCUAUUAGGGAGUUAGAUGGCAAGAGUGGUUGGAGGGUCGAGCUUUCUCACAAUUCUAGAACUGGUGGCGGUGGUGGUGGUGGCGGCGGUGGUCGUGGUCGCGGUGGUGGAGGCGGUGGAGGCGGUUCUGACCUAAAGUGUUAUGAGUGUGGUGAACCUGGCCAUUUUGCCCGUGAAUGUCGCAAUCGUGGUGGUUCAGGAAGACGCCGCAGCCGUAGUCCACCUCGAUUUCGCAGGAGUCCAAGUUAUGGGCGAAGGAGUUUCAGUCCUCGUGGGCGAUCCCCCAGGCGCCGCAGUGUGUCACCUCGUGGACGCAGCUACAGCAGGUCACCACCUCCUUACCGUGCCCGUGAGGAGGUGCCAUAUGCUAAUGGAAAUGGCAUUAGGGAUCGACGCAGAAGCAGAAGUUGA